AUGGUGCACGGCGAGCUCUGGGUCGGCUCCGAGGACUGUCCGUUCGCGGGGCAGGCGGAGCUGGAGCUGCUCGGCAGGAAGGGUGACUCGGACGGCGUGGAGGCCGGCGGCUCGCGCCACGUCAAGGCACUGGUGGUGGCGGAUGGUGGCCGGCUGGAGGUGCACGGCGCGCCGCGACGCGCCUGGAGCCGCCUCACCGCCACCCUGCCCAAGACCACGCGAGAGGCUGUGGUCGGCAGCCCGAUAUUCGACCAACAACAGUCAGAGUGGCACAACAGCCGCCACCGCGGCUUCCUGGCGUACGAGUUCGACGAGGGCGGCCAGGUGAUUGGCUUCCUCGGCCUGCUGCACCGAGUGGCUGAUUUCCAGGCGCUGGCCGCCAAGACGGACAGCGUGAUCCUGCUAGUCCUGCAGCGGCAGGUGUCGUUCUCGGACGGCGAGGAUGUGACGGCGAUGGCGGACGCGCUCAGCGCCGCCUGCUUCAACGGCGAGGCGGACAGCGCCAUCAGUGGCUUCACCGACGGCCAGGCGGUGGCAUGGGCGGCUAUCUGCCACGUGGGUCACCCGGAGAACAGCGUCGAGGAGGUGGGCCACGAGCAGGACGGCUUCUCAGUUACAUCUCGUCUCACGCGCACCAUCGGCACCGCCGAGUUCGUCGUCUACUCGGAGACAGAGCUGGAGGACGGCUGGCCAUCCACGGCUGACGUGCUCUCGUACGCCCCUGGCACGAUCCCGCCGAGGACGAUGACGCUCAGUCUGGAGGACGACGUCAGUGACUGGAGCGCGGGCGACACGAUCGUCGUCACGUCCACGGACUACGACUGGCGGCAGGCGGAGGAGUUCAUCAGCAUCGAGAGUCCGGCGGAGUUCACGCACUGGGGCGAGACCACCGACGGUGUGCGCAUGGCCGCCGAAGUCGCGCUUCUCAACCGCAACGUUAGGAUCCACGGCCGCAUGGAGGACGCCUGCUACGGCGACAACAACUGUGACGACUUCAGCUUCGACACGUUCGGCGGCCACGUCAAGGUGCUGGCCGGCUUCCAGGCGGCCCACAUCGCCAACGCGGAGGUGUUCCACAUGGGACAGAACUCGGUGCUUGGCGCCUACCCCAUCCACUUCCACAUGUGUGGCGACGUCAGCGCGCAGGCCUUGCCACCGUACGUGCGUUCCAACGCCAUCCAUCAUACGUUCGCACGCUGUGUGACCGUUCACGGCACCAGCGGCCUGCUGGUGGAGGACAACGUCGCCUUCGACCACUACGGCCACUGCUUCUUCCUGGAAGACGGUGCCGAACAGAACACGGUACUCCGCGGCAACCUGGGCCUGAGUACGCGGCGCACGAGCAUCACCCCGACCGACCAGCGCAUGGCGGCGACGUUCUGGAUCACCAACCCGCUGACCACCAUGGAAGGCAACGUGGCAGCCGGGUCCGAUGCGUACGGCAUCUGGUACACGUUCCCGCUGCGACCGAUCGGGCCGUCGGCGCUGCGCACGCCGCUCGCGCCCUUCGUCGACAACGUAGCGCACUCCAACAACGACUACGGCCUGCGACUCGACGACCUGCUGAAGACGAACGGCGGCGUCGGCGGCAGGUUCGCGUACGACCCGCGCGAGGACCCGCUCGACCCGACCUCGUCACCGGUGACCGUCACACUGCGCGGCUACAACGGCUACAAGAACUACAAGUCGGCGUGGCUGCGCGGCGCCAGCCUGGUAGCCGAGGAUUUCAGCAUCGCUGAGACCGUGGAGGGCGUGGUGUUCGCAAGCUCGGCGCCCGGUUCCAAGCGGCUGGUGCGCUCGCGCCUCGUGGGCGAGACGGCCAACAAGGGUAAGCCGGAGGGCUGGAUUCCGCUAGCGAACGGCACGACCGUCUGGUGGGAUCGCCAGAUUCGCAUGGGUGGCGCCAACCGCGCGCUGCCCAUCAUCGGCGCCAUUUUCCUCGACGGCCCCGUCUCGCUGGAGGACGUCAGCUUCCAUCGGUUCGCGACCAACGCGGUGCGGCCGUCGGGCGCGAUCGGUCUCCGCCGCGCUUUGCGCUGGUACACCUCGCCGGCCAACCGCGUCGCCGGCGUGACGUUCGACUUCGCCGAUCCCGCCGACGGCAACCGCGUCUACGACGCCAGCGAGGGCCAGGGCUUUGCCGACCUGGCGGGGAACAUCCACUCCGUCUUUCGGGACAUCGACGGCUCACUCACGACCUACGCCGGCGCGACCGUGGUGAAGCCGUACGCCGUGCAUCUGAACGCCCGCUGCGCGCCCGUGCCCAACUGGAACCUGUACGUGUGCCCGGCUGCCUUCACCAAGUUCAAGCUCGAGUGGUACGACAUGGCGUCCAGCCCAGUCACCUUCGUGACGCGCGACGACGGCAGCGCCACGCACAGUCUGCCGCGGCCGCGCCAGAUCAGCUACGCCCUCAACUCGGAGGAGGGCUACAUCCUACACUUCAACACCAGCGUGCCACGCUCCUUCAGCUUCACAGUCACCGGCCUGGAGGCGGGCGUCGAGCAGCGGCUCGGCGUCUGCAUCGGCCGCGACGCCACCGACGUGCGCAUCAGCCUCACCGGCAUCCCGACGCCGACGUUCGAGGACCUGCUCACCGGCUCGCCGGGCACGCAGGUCUUCCACGACCGCGAGCGGGGGCUGCUGCUGUUCCGAUUCCGCGUGCCGUACGCGCUCAGCGCCGACACGGAGACGGAGUGUCCGGGCGGCGGUCCGUAUGGCGCUUGCCCGGUCGUGAAGGUGUCCAUGGCGGCGGCGGGCGAGGACGGCGACUGCUCGGAGAGGGCGUACCCGACCUACGCCACCGCCCCACUCGACGCCGCCGGCGGUCUUGUCACACCGAGCUUCUAG